AUGGCUGGCAAGGAGGAAGGUGAUACCAAUUGGGAUUCCUAUGCUACAACAACGAAGACAGCAUUCACAAGUAAAACAGGAGCUGUGCCCGAUUUAAUACGUCCCAAAAGCAUCAAAAGAUUGGGAUAUACAUAUUCACUGAGUGAUCCCAUUCUAAGUCAGACACAUUACAAUGAUGAAUAUUCUUGGAAAGCAUAUUCUAAAGAAAAGUUGAUCAGAACUGGGACUGCAAGAGGAAUAAGGACCAACAAAUUUCAACUUGAUCAAGGUUCCUUUCAAUGGACGCUCCAUAAAGAACAACCAACAAGCUGCCUCCCUCGGUUAGUCCCUCCUCCCAUGGAAAAACUCAAAGAGGCAAUAGCAAAUCAGUUUGUUUCCCAUACCAAAAGAGACUUUGUGGAUCUUUCUCAAGUGAAGAAGAAGAAGAAAAGUUCUAUGUCUCUGAACUGGAAAGAGUUGCUUCCCCGAUCUCUGGACACUGAAUUUCGACAGCAUUAUCAAAUUCCAGCUAAAAUUCCGGAAUUGCAGGACUUUAGUUUCAAAUACGGAUGCUAUGCAAGCCUGCCUGUUGCUUCCCAGGGUCUAGUGCCCUUUAUGCUGCACAGCUAUAUUCAGAAUCAGGAACGGUCAAAGAAGCAGACCACGUACAAGAGUGACUAUGGAAAAGCCUGCCUGGAUUUCUUGAUGAUCUUAGACUCGUUUACUCCUGCUGAAGUCAACAAGUACGUGCAAAGCGUUUCCCAUAAAGACAGACAAAUUCUUGAUCGCUUUAUUUGUUCUCAUUGUGACCUCGAUGAAAGAAGAAAUGAG